AUGAGAGAACUUAUAGUGCUGUUUUUUGUCAUAAGCAACGAAAAACACGAGAGUGAAAUGGGUUCCAGUCACGUGGUUGGCUUCCCCGGUAGCACGCUCAUCCUUCCUUUUCCCUCUAAUCCUCAAUUAUUGUGGCUCUCUCUUUAUAUCUCCAAUUCCUCAAACAUUCACUUUCCCCGCAUCCACUCCAAUUCAAUUUCAAACAAUCAAAAUUCCGACCCAAUCCAAUGGCAUCCCAAGCCCAAACAUGAAACCGUCCAUUCAACCACCGAUCCAAGCCCAAUAGACACGUCCAACCCUCUUCCCUUCACCGUAAUCAGUUUCGACCCUCGCAUCCCCAGACAUCCUAUGCCGCUGUCGUCGCGCCUCGACCACCGCUGCCACCACCAUUACCAGCCGUGGAAGCCUCGUAAGCACGGCCAGGACUUCGAUCAUGUGGCACGUGGCGGAGCGAGACACGUGGCACGUGGCGGAGCGAGACACGUGGCACGCGGGUGGACGAGGUUUGGGCUGGUUGAACGGGGCCACCGAGGCAUUGGGAUGGGCAUGGAGAGGAGUGAGUUGUUGAGGAGACUUUAUGACCCUGAGCAAGAGAUCAAAGACGCUCACACUGGGUUGGUUAAAAGGAUCCGCAAGUUCUUGAAUCAGUUCUAG